AUGGACGUUGUCAAUUUCAUAAUUUCUUCGCUAACAAGAUUAGCAAGUUUUCUGUCAUUCUUUAAAGUUUCUAAUUCCCAAGUUACGAUAAAUUAUAAUAUGGGAAAUAUUUCUAAUAUAUCUACUUUUCGAUAUUCUGUUAAUACAACCGCAGAGGAAAAUGAGAAACUAAUUGCUCAAGACACAACCCUAAUUAUGAAAGCAAUGGAGUUUCACUAUCCGGAAGAGAAUGAACUUACGAAAAAUGAACAUGAGAAUGCUCAUGCCGAAGAGGUUCUCCAGGAAUGGAUCGAACGUAUGGAAAAACGAUUUAAUAGACCUCCAGUAUAUACUUGA